AUUUUUCAGGUUGCGGGGCUGUGUAAUAGCCGCCACUGGAAGCUGCAUUUUUUCAGGGACGGAGUCUGGAUUUAAAGACUCCCCGAAUAUUUAGCAGAUUUUCUGGGGGGGGGGGGAGAUAAGAAAAAAAAAAAUCAAAUUUUUUUUUCUUAGGGAAACCUUUUGUUUACGGAGCCUGGAAAAUCUAUUAAAGGAAUUGGUGCUUUUUGUAAGGACACUUUAGUGGAAAGAAAGGAAUUCUAGAUUUUUUUUAGUUUUUUCUGGGACAUGUAAAUUAAAAAAUAAACCAAAAAAACAGGCGACAAUGGAUGACGUGAAGAAGUGCGGCUAUCUGCGCAAACAGAAGUCCAUGCGCAGGAGAUUUUUUGUUUUGCGAGGCCCCGGCUCUCGGGGUGCAGCUCGUCUGGAGUACUAUGAGAAUGAGAAGAAAUUUCGGCUGGGGGACGGCUCCGGGGGGCCACGGGGGACAAUCGUCCUAGAGGAAGCAUUUGGAGUGAACAAGAGAGCCGAUGCCAAGAGGAGACAUCUCCUGGUGCUGUACACACGGGACGGGGGGCUGUGCGUGUCCACCGAGGGAGAAGAGGAGCAGGACGCCUGGUACCAAGCCAUCCAAGAACUCCAGGCCCAAGCCCGCUCCUUCUCAUCCUCAUCAGAAGAUGGCGCCUCUUGGCCUGGUCCGCCCUUCCGUGAGGUCUGGCAGGUCAGCUUACGCCCUCGCGGCCUGGGUCAGACACGUAACCUGUCCGGUGUCUACCGCUUGUGUCUGACGGAGCGCACCCUGAGCCUACUGCGCCUGCGCUGUGACAACCCAUCCGUCACCCUGCAGCUCAUGAACGUCCGCCGGUGCGGCCACUCCGACAACUAUUUCUUUGUGGAGGUGGGAAGGUCGGCCAUCACCGGCCCUGGAGAGUUAUGGAUGCAGGUGGAGGACUCUGUAGUCGCGCAGAACAUGCAUGAGACCAUCCUAGAAGCCAUGAAGUCUCUGAGCGAAGAGUUUCGUCCUCGCACCAAGAGUCAGUCCCUGUCCUCCACCCCCAUCACCGUCCCCUCCCGACGUCACCUACCUAAUCCCCCUCCCCCCAGCCAGGUAGGUCUGUCCCGUAGAUCCAGGGCAGAGGUCCCGAUGGACAGCUCUCCGGCGAUGAAACCCCGAGAUCAGAGUCCACACUCCCUAGAAGAGGAUGAGGAGAAGCUUCCUCGGAGCGGCCACCCCUCGGCGGACUACGGCUCUGCCUCAUCUGAUGAGUACGGCUCCAGCCCGGGAUUUGAGCCGUCCACUUACCUGCCACCAUCUCCAUUGGCUGAAACUAAUUACAUCUCCAUGGGACAAUUGGGGAGGAGACCCCAGACGCUAGACCUCACCCAACCGCCACCUAAUGAGGAACAUGGAGGACGACCCUCCAAGGUGGACAAUGAAGAGAACUACGCCAUGAUGGGGAGGAGCGAAGUGCGCCAGAAAGGGGGCUACAUGCCCAUGUUACCUGGCGGUAGACCAUCCCACGAUUACAUGCCCAUGACCCCCAACAGCAUUUCGCCCCCCGCACCUAUAGAAAUGGCCGGCUACGUCAUGAUGUCCCCCCUCGGGAGCUGCUCCCCGGAGAGGACAAGCUGGCCGCCCCUGGGGGAGAUGACUGUAGGCAGCGCUGACAGCCAGGCGUCAGACUACAUGAACAUGUGGUCGCUGAGCCGCUCCGCCUCCAACACGCCGCCCCUGUCACAGGAGAACACGCUAACCUCUACCGAUCGGCCCACCAGGAUCCCGGCCUCCUACCGCUCACUGCCUCGCUCUUACAAAAUGGACUCCGUGCCCCCGUCCCAUUACUCCUCCUCCUCCGACAGUCUGGAAGAAGGGACUGGCGGCAGGUGCCGGAGACCGCUCAGUAUGUCCGUGGACACGUGGCGGCCCAGUAUGCUGCCCAGAAACUACGGCAGACCACCCAGUCCCGGGGAGUAUGUCAGCAUCCAUUACAGGUCUAAGCCAGAGAAGACCACCAGCAAGGAUGACCCCCAUCAGGCAGAGUACAUCGCCAUGGAGAUUCACAGCCACGCUCCAAACGGGGACUACACUCACAUGGCUUUCGAGCCGGAGACCCUACCCUCUCAUGUCAAAAUGGCAGUCAGACCGGAGAAGAAACUGGCCGCAGAGACCGGAAAGCUGCCCAAACCAGCAUUGGAGAAGACACCAUGGAUACCACCAGCCAUGGAGAGGUCCUCCACAAAGACCACCACAGAGAACAGCUACUGGAUGGCGGCCAACAGUGAGAAGACCUUCAGGCCCAUCGAUCCCACAGGUGUAUAUGGCGCCAGUGCCCGGGUCCCAGGGGACUCCACCAUCGACCACAUGGAGAAGACACUGGUGGUCCGGUCCUGCUCUGUGGACACCACCUUGAAGGGACUCCUCACUGGAGUGUCCGGGUGUACCCUCCACAAAGGUCCGGAACAGGCAAAGUUCUCCAGGACAGAACCUCCUGCCAGAAGCAGACACUGCUCCGAUGGGGCUCCUCUAACCCCGCACAAUGGGAGUCGUCCUCCAGUGGAGGAGUCCGGACUCAACUACAUAGACCUGGACCUGGCAAAGGAUGCCGGGGGUGCUACCCCCUCUGCUGCACUACUGGGGCCCAGCGUACUGCCCCCCAUUAAGUCUGGAAACCUGGCACCAGCUCCGUACAUAAACACCUACGCCAGCAUCGACUUCCAGAUGUCCGGAGAACUGAGGAGAGGUAGCAGAGACGAAACAGAAUGUUGAGUCGCGGUGAGGAGACGAUGCCGCCGCCGCCGCCGCACAAUGUCCGUUACUAUUUGCACUUUGCAUCUCACAAUUGACGCAAAAUAUCAGGACCGGACUUUACAAUCAGAUGUGCCUUUUCCCAUAAACCGGGAUGUCAGAAAGCCAACGCUGAAGUGUUGCCAUAGCAACCUCGCCGUCAACGUCCACAUUUACCCCGACUUUGCCGACGCAGCCGCCAAUACUCCCGAAACCACUCUGACAACCACACCGAGAACUGUCUUGUAGCGCAGGAAGCCAUUUUGUGUCUAUUGCUGCGCCUCCAAAAUGGCUUCCCCACAUCACCGGUGUCCGCGGCUAUAACUUAGCGUCUGGAGACGUCCGAACAAGAAGUGUAGCAGACUCCAGUAGGUACGAUGUAGCUGUAGUCAGGGGCGACAACUACACAAAAUGGCUGCCGUCAUCGCCCCUGCGCCAGGGACAAAGGUGACGAGACGAGGAUUUACAGUGUUUUUAUCAAAAGCCAAAAAUCUGGAAACAAAAAAAACUCAUGAAACAUGUGGUACGACCGCCGCGGACAGACGCGGCGCGCCAUUUUGUGAGUGGAUGCCGUCUGGUACUUUACUACAAGGUACGAGGCACCAGCUGCCUCCUAAAGUGACUUAAUUUAAUGGCAUCCACAAAAUGGCUGCCUGCAGCGCGUGUAGGAAGCGGGUCCGUGUUAAAGCGUUUGCGUGUUCGAUGUCUGUUUUACAUGAAUUAUGAGAAUUUUUAGGAAAUGUUGAAAUCUAUGACUAGAGGUUUAUGGAGAUGAUGUAAUAUAUAGAUUAUAACAGAGUAUUAUAACCCCAAGUGUUAUUACGUUACAGAGAGCCAUAACGAGGGGGGGGGGGAACUACGCCAUCCCCCAUCAGUCAUAUCAGCUGCCCCCCCCCCCUUAUAUUGUAUGUAAAUGGAACAUUCCAAGUGCUGCCUGGGGGGUGGGACAAGAAACUGAGCCAAUAGAAACGCUCGCUUGCCAUCAGCUUGUCCUGUGUUGAGCCUGUAGACAGUCUCCAUGGCAACGCCUAAGCUCCACCUUCCAUGGGCCUGUAAAAUGGCCGCAGCCUGUGCAGCCGCCAAAGUCACAGGAAAACUGCAAUGUAUAAGCUAUGUCUGAUAAAUAAAGUGUCUGA